AUGCCGACUUCGAUCAUGCAGAAAAACUACAGCCACUGUCCGCUGAAGAAGCGGCCCGUCUUCAUGGCCAAGGAGGAUCCAUCGUUCAAGAAUGACUCCGAGAGUGAGCUGGAACCGGAGAACCUCAGCACCAAGCCACAGGACCUGUCGAUGAAGUCGAAGCGCAAGUCACGGCCGGCCUCGCCCGUGCUCGUGGCCCCCAUGGAGGAGGACGUGGAGGUGAGCAUCCUGGCGAUCAAAACGGAGGACAGUCUUCCGACGCCACCACCGUCGUCCUCGCCGAGCCCGAGCGACACCAAGUCACCGAUCUCGAUUCCGGCCACCCCGACCUACCCCGGUGCACUGUACGCGCCGUACCCGAGCUCCCGGUCCCCGCUGUCGCCACCCUCGUCCACCACCACCAGUGCUGCCGCGGUUGCGGCUGCGGCCGCUGCGGCCGCCGCCGCCGCCACCAACAUGCAGGACGCGCUCUACAAAUCCUUCUCGUCCGUGGUAUACCCCGCGGCCGCCGUGGCCGCCGCCAGCGGGUAUCCCGGCUUCCCGUACGCCAUGCCACCGUAUCCGGCCGACUUCUACAGUGCCGCCGCUUACCACCACCACCACCACCAGCAGCAGCACCACCAACAUCACCACCACCAGCACCAUCGACAGUCCUUCCACCACCAGCAUCCGGCGCCACCACCACCGCCACCACAGCAUCACCUGAGCCAAAUCUCGCCGCCCCGCUCGGAACCCCUGUCGCCGUACAGUCCACCGCACGGACAGCGCGACCGCAGCCCGUCCCCCGUGGCCCGCUCCCCAACGCACCUCUACCGCCCGGAGCGUCGCUCCCUAUCGCCACCUCCCUCGAUGGUGGUUCCCCCGUACCCGGUGGCACCCGGUGGCCACGUCAUCAAGUCGGAACAGUUCGCGGCCCGCUCCCAGCACCGCUACAUGCCGUACAUGCACCACCACCACCCGCACCACCAUCCGCACCACCUACACUCGUCGCAGCACCCGCACCUGAUGAUGGCGGCCCCACCAGCCUCGCACCCACCACCGAGCGUCGAGCAUCCUUCGCUAUCGCCGACCUCCAGCCACACCUCGUUCAACUCGUACCUCUCAUCGUCCCGGGGCCGCUCGCUCUCGCCCGCUUCCGCCUCCAGCCCGCGCUCAUCGCUUGGCCUGUCGGAGGAGAACAACAACAGCUUGACCGCGACCAACGGAAACACCACCACGAACGUGCUGAUGGAAAAGUCCACCUCGAACGCCAACAUCCAGGAGCACCACCAGCACUCGAAGGAGAAGGCGGAAGGGAAGUCGGGAGGCGGAGGUGGGGCACCCCGGUACCAGUGUCCGGACUGUGGCAAGAGCUACUCCACGUACUCCGGGCUGUCGAAGCACCAGCAGUUCCACUGCCCGGCGGCCGAGGGCAACCAGGCGCAGAAGACGUUCGUGUGCAAGGAGUGCGACAAGCCGUACAAGACGCUCGGCGCCCUGAAGAUGCACAUCCGCACGCACACGCUGCCGUGCAAGUGUACGCUCUGUGAUAAGGCGUUCUCGCGGCCGUGGCUGCUGCAGGGCCACAUCCGCACGCACACCGGCGAGAAGCCGUUCGUGUGCAAGCUCUGCUCCCGGGCCUUCGCCGACCGCUCGAACCUGCGCGCCCACCAGCAGACGCACGAGGACGUGAAGCGGUUCAAGUGUCCGACCUGCACCAAGUCCUUCUCGCGGCUCCCGCUCCUCACGAAGCACGCCGAAAGCGGGUGCCCGGGUGGCAGCGAGGGCACCAGUUCGCCCGACCAUCUCCAUCACCAUCACCACCCGGACAGCCCACCACUGUCGCUGUCCGGCGAGGACCUGGCGAUGCGACCGCGCUGUCACUCGGAGGCGCUUCCGGAAGACGACGACGAGGAUGCAGCUGCCACCAGUAAGUUCAUGCCCACCGUCUUGCCGCACUCGAAUGGCAACAUUGCGGUCUACUAG